ACUCCAAAUGCAUUAGCAUUGAUGUUUAUUUGCACUCUGUGUUUUUCAUCUAAUAAUGUUAUUUUUCUCGUUGUGAUAAACCGAGAACAAUUACUUAUGAUGAUUUCCGCAACUACGGAGUGUGCAUCUUUUGAUAAGAGCGAAUGCAAGGAACAUCUGGACAAAAUUCGUUUUUAUAUUGCAAACUAUACGCAACUGUGCCGUUUGUGUUUGAGCAAUGACCGAUUGGUAAACCUGUACUCAAAUGUUCAGGGCAAGGAUGUGUCCAAAGUUAGACACUUUAUCAAAGAAUCACUUCGGAUGUUGGAACAGACUAUUGACGAAAAGGACAGGCUGCCACAUUUCAUCUGCAAAAAGUGUGAACGGAUUCUGAACACAAUAUUUAAUUUUAAGAAACAAUGUGAAGAUUCCAGGAGAAUUUUGGAAAAGGUACGGGAUAAGACCAUUGCACCGGAUGAUUUGAGAAACUCUGAUCAUAGUCAAGCUGAAAGAAAUGAGCUCCAGAGUUGGGUGGAAACGGACAAUGUCGGGACGGAUUGUGAGGAGAACCCGAAGGAGCUACCACGAAGCAUUAACCUUGAAAACGUGGAAGAAAAUACCAGGGUGGAAAAGCCGUGUGAAGGGACGGAUGCAGUAAAACCUGACUCAGAUGAGACCAAACAGGAAGUUUGCGAUCUUGGGAGUCUACUUCUAGGAACAGAAUCCAACAUAGAACAGAAUGAUAUCAUAAAUCUGGCCGAAGAAGAUCAAACUGUGAUACACGAAAAAAUAGAAGAAACUGCCAGGGUGGAAGAACGUUGUGUUGAAACUAAUGCAAAAUUGAAUGAGAUCGAACGGGAGGGAGUGAGCGAAUUAGGAUUUCUGAAUGAUUUUACAAAUAUGAUCGAAGAGAAUACUGGGAAACAGCCGGAAAAUCAUGAUGAAUUGCUGGAAGAGAAAUAUCCGAAUGAGAAUUUGAGACCAGAUAUACUGAAACAAACAAAUGAUGUAGUGCAUACAAAGACUGUAAGAAGCAACCGUGAAGCGAGAAAAGAACAGAAGACACGAGGGAAGAAGACUGACUCGAGAGAUCGCUUCAAAAAAAUACCUGAAAAGAAACAAAAAUGUCCCGUUUGUGGCGUGCUGGUUAACAACAUUAAAUAUCAUAUGAUAUAUCAUGAAAAAGUUCGCCCACAUCAAUGUAAGAAUUGUCCGAAGAGCUUCGCUACUCGAGACAAAUUACAAUCCCACGUCAACAGUGUCCAUCUGAAGAAAAGGGAUUACAAGUGUAAAUUUUGUGAUAAAGCAUACUUGGAGAGGAACAAUCUCAAAAGGCACCUCCGUUUCCACGAGGGCGAUCCGCAAUACAAAUGUGAUCUGUGCCCGGAAGCGUUCCGGUUCGCUGAGCAAUUGCGCAGCCAUAAGCUAGUGACACAUACCCGAGGCGAAACACAUGAAUGCCAUGUGUGCGGUAAAAUAUUCCCCUUGCGAACAACGCUGAACAAACACAUUAAAUUGCACAACAAGGAGAAACCCCACAAAUGCGACUUUUGUGAAAAGACCUUUCACGUGUCUCACUGGAAAAUUGCCCACAUGCGAAUACACACUGGCGAGAAGCCAGUGCUAUGCCGAAUAUGUGGAAUUGGGUUUCCCUCACACAAAGGUCGUAGUCUACAUAUGCAAAAGAAGCAUGCAAACGAACUGAUCUCAAAGAAAAAGCACAUUGUUUCGGAUUGUUUGAGUAAAUCUGAACAUAGUCGAGCCAAAAGAGUCAGCAAACACCACAGGAUAAAAUUGAAAAACAUCGGGCCUAACUGUGAGGAUGUUCCUGAGAAGCAGGCACAAAGCAUCAACGAUGGAAAAGUUCAAGAAACUUCCAACAUGGAAAAAAAAUGUGAUGAAAUUGAUGCAGUGAAAGAAAAAUCAAAUGAGAUCAAACAGGAAGUUUGCGAUCUUGGAUUUCUAUUUCUGGGAACAGAACACAAUAUAGAACAGAAUGAUAACACUAUUCUAGUCGAAGAAUAUUAUGCUGUAGAACAAGAGGAUUUGACGGAGAACCACGAUGAAUUCGAAGAGACUGCCAGAGUGGAAGAACCAUGUGCCGAAACAGAUGCAGUAGAAAAAGAAGCAGAUGAGAUCGAACAGGGAGAUGAAUAUUCGGAUGAGGAUUGGAGUCCGGACAAACUGAGAAAAAAACGAAGUACACGAGGGAAUGGAACUGCAUCGAAGGAUUGCUAUAAAACAAUACCCAAAGGAAAAGCAAAGUGUCCCAUUUGCGGAUCGCUGGUUAGCAACAUUAGGGCUCAUUUGAUAUAUCAUGAAAAAGUUCGCCCUCAUCAAUGUACGGAGUGUCCGAAAAACUUCGCGAAUCGAAGCAAAUUACAAUUACACAUCAAUAGUGUCCAUCUUCAGAAAAGGGAUUGGAAGUGUGAAUUUUGUGACAAAGCAUACUUGGAGAGAAACAAUCUUAAAAGACACCGACGCAGUGCCCACAAGAAUGUGUUCUGUGUUAGGAAUUUUAUUAAAGAAUCACUCCGGAUGUUGGGACAAACUAUUAACGAGGAGGACAGGCUGCCAAAUUUCAUCUGCGAAAAGUGUGAACGGAAUCUGAACAUAAUAUUUAAUUUCAAGAAACAAUGUGAAGACUCCAGGAGAAUUUUGGAAAAGGUACGGGAUAAGACCAUUGCACCGGAUGAUUUGAGAAAAUCUGAUCAUAGUCAAGCUGAAGUAAAUGACCUCCAGAGUUGGGAGGAAACGAACAAUGUCGGGUCGUUUUAUGAGGAAUCCUCGAAGAAGAGCAUUACCGUUGAAAAAGUUGAAGGAAAUGUCAGGGUGGAAAAGCCAUGUGAAGGGACGGAUAUAAUAGAACCAUACUCAAAUGAGAUCAAACAGGAAGAUUGCGGUUCUGGAUUUCUAUUUGUGAAAACAGAAUACAACAUAGAACAAAAUGAUAUCACAAAUUUGGUCGAAAAAAAGUGUACUGUGAAUCAAGAAGAUUUUACAGAAAAUCGUGAUAAAUUUGAACAAACUGUCAGGGUGGAAGAAUCGUUUGUCGAAACAGUUGCAGUAAAGACAGAACCAAAUGAGAUCGAACAGGAAAUGAGCGAUUUAGGAAUGCUAUUUCUAGGAACGGAAUAUAACAUAGAACAGAAUGAUGCCACAAAUCUGUUCGAAGAGAGCUAUACUGUGAAACAGGAAGAAUUUCUAGAAGAUAAAUGUUCGGAUGUGGAAUGGAGUCCGGACAAAUUGAAACAAACGAAUUAUGUGGUUUGUGGAACAAUGUUCCUCCUGGAAUCCACACUGAACAAACACCUGAAAUUGCACAACAACGAUAGACCUCACAAAUGCGAAUUUUGUGAAAAGACCUUUCGAUUGGCUUCGUGUAAAGUUAUCCAUAUGCGAACGCACACGGGCGAAAAGCCAUUACUAUGUCGAAUAUGUGGAAUUGGGUUUGCUCACCACAAAGCUCGUAGUACACACAUGGAAACGGAGCAUGCGGAAGAACUGAUCGCAAAGAAAAAGGCAAGAUGCAGGAUGAAAUCGAAAAACGUUGAAACAAAUUGCGAGGAAUUUUCUAAGAAACUACCACAAAGCAUAAACGUUGGAAAGGUUCAAGCAACUUCCAAGAUGGAAGAAACAUGUGAAGGAAUUGGUGCAGGUCAAGCAGGAUCAGAUGAGAUCAUACAAGAAGUUGCCGAUCUAGGAGUACUUGGUGUUUUGAGAACAGAACACAGCAUAGAAAAUAAUGAUAUAACAAAUCCAACCAAAGAGGAUUAUUCUGUGAAGCUGGAGCAUUUAACAGAAAACAAAGAAUCGCUAAAGGAUGAAUGUCCGGAUGAGGAUUGGAAUCGGGAUAAACUGAAACAAACAAACGAUUUGUUAUGUGCAGAUCUAGUAAUGGUUUCCGCCACUACUGAGUAUACAUCUCUUGAUGAGAGCGAAUGCAAGGAAGAGCUGGACCGAAUUCGUUUUUAUAUUGCGAACUAUAAGCAACUGUGCCGCUUGUGCUUGACCAACGAGCGCCUGGUGAACCUGUACUCAAAUGUUCACGGCAGGAAUGUGUUCUAUGUUAGGAAUUUUAUCAAAGAAUCGCUUCGGGUGUUGGAACAGACUAUUGACAAGAAGGACAGGCUGCCAAAUUUCAUCUGCGAAAAGUGUGAACGCAAUUUGAACAUAAUAUUUAAUUUUAAGAAGAAAUGUGAAGAUUCAAGGAGGAUUUUAGAAAAAGUACGGGAUAAAACCAUCGUACCAGAGGACUUAAGAAAAUUGGAUCAUGGCCAAACCGAUAGAAUCGCUAGCCACAAUUGGGGGAGGACGAAAAUGGUGGAAUCGAAUUGUGAGAAAAUUCUGAAGAAGCUGCCACAAAGCAUUAACGUUGAAAAAGUUAAAGAAACUACCAAGGAGGAAGAACCAUGUAAUCGAACAAAUGCAGUAAAAGCAGAAUCAGACGAGCUCAAACAGGAAGUAAGCGAUCUAGGGUCGCUAUUUCCGGGAACAGAGUUCAACUUAGAACUAAAUGAUAUUACAAAUCUAGUCGAAGAGAAUCGUACUGCGAAAGAGGAGGAUGUAACUGAACACCACGAAAGUGGUGAAGAAUUGCUUGAAGAUAAGGAUUCAGAUGAGGAUUGGUGUCCGGACAAAUCGAAACAAACGAAUGAUGAGGUGUGUUCAGAGACUGAAAAAAGCGCCAUUGAAGCGAAAAAAGAACGAAGGAAACGAGGAAAAAAGAAUACUGUCUUGAAAGAUCGCUCCAGAAAACUGGCCAAAGAGAAAACGAUUUGCCCCAUUUGUGGAGCGCUAGUUAACAACAUUAAAUGCCAUAUGGUGAUCCAUGAAGAAGUUCGCCCACACCAAUGUGCGGAGUGUCCGAAAAACUUCACGUCUCGGAACAAACUACAGUCCCACAUUAACAGUGUCCAUCUGAAGAAAAGAGAUUAUAAAUGUGAAAUUUGCGGUAAAGCAUUUUUGGAGAAGAACAAUCUCAAGGGUCACCUUCGUAUCCACAAAGGUGAUCGAAAGUACAAAUGUGAUCUAUGUCCGAAAACGUUCCUGUUCGCUGGAACGUUACGCUGCCAUAAACUGACCCAUACUCAGGAUAAGAAGCAUGAGUGUCAGGUCUGCGGUAAAAUGUUUCUCAUGCGAACCACGCUAAACAAGCAUCUGCACGUACACAGCAACGAGAGACCCCACAAGUGCGACAUUUGUGAUAAGGCCUUCCGGACGUCCACCCAUAAAAUUAUCCACAUGCGAACACACACUGGCGAGAAGCCACUGCAGUGUCGGAUAUGUGGAAUUGGGUUCGCCCACCAUAAGGCUCGUAGUGUACAUAUGAAAACGAAGCAUGCGGAAGAACUGAUUGCAAUGGAUAUGCUGGACGAAAGAGGAUAUCUCAAGUUUUAAAAUAGGUAAGGAUAAAGUACUGUGUGUGGCAAUGCGCGAAUACACGUUUCGCGGUGAUUUUUUUUCGGAAGGGAAGUUAUAUUUUCUAUGUCCGAAAUCCUGAUUUGCAAUACAUUUACGAGCUUGAGCUUGGGUAGACUGUGCACUUCGUAGUUACUCUCUGUGAUUGACCUGAACCAGCGAAAUUGCACAAAGAACACACCGAAUAACGCUUGGGAGUAGCAAACCUUUCUCAUUGUACAUGUUUCGGUGAUUCGAACUUUAAAUAGUCAAUAAAAACGCCGGCCAUGUAUAGUAUAGUCUCUAGAGAAAGGGAAGGAAUGUUAGUAUGAUAUUCGUCGCCCGAAGGCCAGA